AUGAACGCUUUGACACGGACUCUUGGGGCGCGCUUGUCUAACGUGCCCUACCCUAUGAGGUGCAUCAGCCGGAAUGCUUCAACACUGGCAAUCCUGGAAGUUCGCAACGGGCAAUUAUCUUCGGACUCGGCACGCACAAUCACCGCUGCUGCCCGCCUUGAAGGCCCUGUUACUGCGCUCCUGCUAGGAGGUAUUUCGACGGGAGCCGCAGAGGAGGCAGCCUCCAUCAGAGGCUUGACCAACGUCAUUGCCGGAACCCAAGAACAAGACCACGUUCGCCUCCCCGAAGACGCCGCAGCCAUAGUUGCCAGACAUGCCAAACAGGGAAAAUACACUCACGUUGUGGCAGCGAACUCAGUAUUCAGCAGAGACGCCUUGAUACGCGCUGCCGCCCUGAACGGCCACCAGCCUAUCUCGGACGUAACAUCAGUCGAGUCUGAAGAUGUCUUUGUGCGACCAAUCUACGCCGGCAACGCAGUCAUGACGGUCAAGUCCAGCGAUGACGUUAAAUAUCUCACAGUACGCGCGUCAGCCUUUCCGGCAGCAGAACUCGCAGACGGUCCCGCGCCCAUCGAUACCUACAAUGAGAAAGAAAGCUCAGGGACCUUACGCAGCGCGGAAUUGGUACAGGAGGAUUUGGUUAAGAGCGAUCGGCCUGAGCUGGGAACCGCUGGGAGGGUUGUAUCGGGUGGAAGGGGCCUCAAGUCCAAGGAGGCUUUCGAUCAAGUCCUUCUCCCUCUCGCAGACUCUCUGAAAGCCGCAGUUGGCGCAUCCCGUGCCGCGGUUGACAGCGGAUUUGCCGACAACAGCUUACAAGUUGGCCAGACUGGAAACGUGGUCGCUCCAGAGCUGUAUGUGGCGGUCGGGAUAUCAGGGGCAAUCCAGCAUCUUGCUGGAAUGAAAGACAGCAAGGUAAUCGCAGUCAUUAAUAAAGACCCGGACGCGCCCAUCUUCCAAGUCGCCGACGUAGGGCUAAUCGGAGACCUGUUCGAAGCGGUACCUGAGCUGACCCAAAGCUUAUCGGCUGAAUAA